GAAGCCGCGAGCUCACGUGAGGCACUCAAAGAGGGUCAAAAUUUUAGGAAGCCCGCUGCGACUAGCCAUGCACAAGGAGAGCGCGGCGGCAACCCCUCCCAACAGUACAGCCAAGUCCCGACUCCGGAAUCGUCCCGGCCUCUGCACCAGGCGCCGACGGUGCUUUUCACGGCGCCCACAUAGCCCAAAAUGAGAUUGAGGAGGUCAACGAGGCUGUACAGCCUGAAGCGCGCGCACGUGCGCCAAUCAUGGAACAAAUACAACCUCUACAACCUGGCCAAGCUCAGGAUCCACGAGAGGUCCCUGACCAGCAAGACCUUCUUCCAGCAAAAGUGGUUCGCCAAGGCGCGCAGCAGGGCCUACCACGGCGAGCACAUCCGGGAGUCCAAGUGGGAGCGCAUGUUUAGCCGCCGCUUCAACGCCGUCGUCGACAUGGACCCCCGCUACAUGGCUCAGCACGACGGCUCCGAGCAGGCGAGCGGCAGGGGGUCCGGCAAGCUGAGCCUGUGGGGGGACCAGCGGACCAACAGCAAGAACGGCGACAGGCCGACCCCGUACAUGCAGAUGGCCUAUGCGCCUCUCGAGAGGCGCCUGGACACGGCAAUCUUUAGGGCCAUGUUCGCCAGCAGCGCCAGGCAGGCCAAGCAGUUUGUUGUCCACGGCCGCGUCAAGGUCAAUGGCAAAAAGAUGCCACACCCUAGCUAUCUCUUGAACCCUGGCGAUAUGUUUCAGGUCGAUCCCGACAUGGUUCUGCUGGCAACCGGCAAGCAAAAGGGCAACUUGACCGAGCUUCAACGAAAACUGGGCAAAAAGGGCCCUUACAAGCCAAAAACGGAGGCGAAGGGGGAGGAGGGAGCGGAGGUGUCGGAGGAUGCUGCUGCCGAGGAGGGCGAGUUGGCCGAGGCCGCAGAGGCUGCGGAUCCCGAAGCCAAGGCCGAGGCCGAGGCAGCAGCAGUGAAGCAGAAGAAGGGCGACCUCAAGAAGCUCCUCGAAUCGGCCAAGUCCAUCAUCGAGAUGGACAGUAGCCUAGGCGUGAAGCGCAAGCAGAAGCUCCGCGCCUUCCAACAGGAGGUCAAGAAGGUCAUAUCCCAGUCGGGCCGCGCGUCCGUCACGUCGGACCAGAUCCCGGUCGAGCACCUAGCCGACGUGCUGAACCAGCUAUCCCUGGCGCCCAACAAUACCCCCGCCUCGCCCGAGGCGCCGCGGCCGAGGCCGGGGCCCUCGGAUGGCACCGCCGACGAGAUCGAGGCGGCGUUCGACGCCGUCAGCGACGAGAGGGGGCUGAGCAGGUCGGAGCGCAGGCGGUUCGAGCUCAUCAUGCAGGAGUACCGCGAGAACCCGCACGACGAGUCCAAGCCCUACCGCACCCCCUGGGAGCCCCGCCCCUGGAUGCCCCCCUUCGCCUUCAUCCCGAGGUACCUCGAGGUGAACCAGAACAUCUGCUCGGCCGUCUACCUGCGCCACCCCGUCGCGAGACAGGGCCACUCCGAGGUCCCGACGCCGUUCCCCGAGAUGCUGGGCCAGCUCAGCUUCAACUGGUACCUGCGGAGGAGAUGAUCGACCCGAUCUCUCAACUCCCCUCACCCCCCUUCCUUGUUUCUUAUCUUUUUUGGAAACCACACCGCACCUCACGCGCCCUGCAGCUGUUGCUUUGCCGGCUCUGUGCCCCCUAGCGUGUGUCGUGACGUAGAUAUCCACCGUCCAAGACUCCAAUGUGUCGUGUAUAUAUAAUAUCUCCGCCCGACAGGUGGUUCCGGGGAAAAAAUGCGCCGCGUCCGCAUGUAGAUGUACCUGUAUUACAAUGGAUUUAGCCGAUUCCGGUGAUGAUUACACCAGCCAUCGUCGCAAGUUUCACACAAACAACAUUGCCCAGUGUCUUUUGGGGGCAUAGGGAUAUCACCAAGACUUCCGAGGAUACUGUCUGUGUAUACCAUGGCAGCACCCCGAACGACCAGAUUGUAGAGGCGGAAUAUCAGGGGCACAUCCAAGUCAAGACACCAGGAGUGAUGUGAAACAUCGUUUUGCAUUCAGACAAGAAAAGCUAUGAGAACUAAGGAAAUUAGAGGGGGCAAAAUGGGUAGAAGUCCGCAAAAACCAAGGAAAAGUGUGGUAUGGCAAUUGCCAGGCUCACCACCCACGUUG